UGAGUUGUAGACUCACUGCGCCCAGUCGGUCAGUUGCCUUUAAGUUGUGCACAAUGAAGCUUCUAUUGGUGGUCUGUUUCUCGCUGGCCAUAUACCUCGUACCUGCCCAGGCAAGCGCCAUUCGUGGCAUCCGCGAUGCCUCAGAGGAUGUCGCUGCUGCUGGUGCUGCUGCUGCUGCCGCUGACGUUGCCCCUGGCGCUGACUCCAAUGAGAACGAACUGAAUAUUGACACUGAGGAGUCGGAGGAGGCGGUCACCGUGCCGCUGGGUAUCGUGUCCAUCAAGGCCCGCGUCAUAGCCAAGGAUCGGGCGCUGUGCCAGCAACUUUCCCGCUAUCAUCCGCACUUUCCCAAGUGCCACGAGUACUGCAAGCGGCAGGAGCACUGGAUAGGACAGUGCUGGAGGGAGAGCUGUCACUGCAUAUCAUAGGAUCAACCGUAUAAACUCUGGCAAAGAGAUGGUAUCUGUGCCAUUUAUCUGUCAAUAGAUUUGUGUGUAUUUGUGUAACUCGCUUAACUGUA